AUCUCCCCUACAACAGCAGCCCUCGCCGUCUCGUCAGGACGCCGGGACAGCAGCCGAGAGCCGACCCCCCCUCGCCGUCUAUUCCGUCGGCGCGACGCGUAAGCAAGGCCCCGCCCACAUAGCAAAGCUGCGGGCCGCCUGACAAGCAUGUCGCGACCGGGCGGGUUAACGUUCUUCUCCGGUGGCACGAAAAACAUGAUUUUCCCCGCAGAAGAAGCUUCACCCUUGGCCACAAACUUCAACCUCACACAAGUCCUGCGCUCGGUGCGGCUGCUCAAGAUCGACGGCGUUAGCAUGAUGUCGGGCAUCGGCAGCGACUAUUGCUUCAAGUACAGAUGGAUUGUGGACGGGUAUGAGUGGGAGAUCCUUCUAUAUCCAAACGUCGUGGACUCGAGGGGUUUGAGCACGUUCGUGGCGCUCCGUCUUAUCUUUCUCGGUGAACCACGAGCCAGCGCUGUGAGGACGACUCUUCGGGCUUGCUUGGUUGAUCAGAGAGGAGUGCCUAAGCCAUCCCAUGAAGUUUCUCAGAGAAUAACAUUCAAGAAGCCCCAAGAUAGCUCAGAGAGAAUUAAGCUAGAAGGAUUGGGAUAUGUCAAGGAUGACUCUUUUAGUGUGCAGUGCACCCUUGAUGUUCUCAAGGAAAUAGGAGAGGAAACGGCCCUUGAAGAACUGCAUCUGCCAUCGUCUGACUUGCACCUGCAAUUGGCUCAACUCCUUCAGAGCGAGACAGGAGCUGACGUCACAUUUCUCGUGUCCGGCGAAUCUUUUUCUGCGCACAAGCUCAUUGUCGCCGCAAGGUCCCCUGUCUUUAUGGCCGAGUUUAUUGGAGACAUGAAGGAGAAGUGCUCGCAAUGUGUGGAGAUCAAGGACAUGGAUGCUGAGGUGUUCAAGGCCCUGCUUCAGUUCAUCUACACAGACACCAUGCCAGAACUCAGACAGCGGGAGUGGGAUGCGGAGGACGAGGCAGAGUAUGAACAGCAGGAGGAGGCAGAUGCAAAGGCGGCGACUGUGAUGGCUCAGCAUCUGCUUGCUGCUGCUGACAGGUAUGGACUGGAUAGGCUCAAGCACAUAUGUGCCGGUAAGCUCUCUAGUAGCAUCAACGUGGACACGGCGGCAACAACUUUGGCUUUAGCCGAGCAGCACAAUUGCCCAGAGCUCAAGACAAGAUGUGUUCAGUUCAUUAUCAGAACUCCUGCCACUCUUGAUGCUGUGUUGGCGACGGAGGGGUAUAAGCACCUCGAGGCAAGCUGCCCUCUGGUGGUGAUCGACCUUCUCAAGGCUGCGCAUGGGAGAAAAAUUUGAAGUGUAUCUUGGCCAAGAUUUGAUGGUGCAUAGUAUUGUAUCUGCUUGCACUUUCCAGGCAUAUUUGUCUAGUUCUACUUUAUGCGGUUAUGUCCAUCGUUCAAUGACAUUAAGAAAUUGCUUAUGUACAUACGCAUAUGUUGUUGCCAAAAAAUUAUAUGUUGUGGGCAGAAAAAGUAU